GGAAGUUCCGCGCCAUAUUUUGAACGGAAUAUCUUGCAGGAAAAACAUGUCACUUCCAUCAGAAAAAGUUCACGAACUGAAGCAAAUCAUUCACAGCCACCUAUCGCAAAUGAACGUGCAUUCCAGGAUUAAGGAGUACGUAGACGAGUCUUUUAGAGGGGACGAUCCUGAAAGCUCGGGAAUCGAUGAAGCGGGGUUGCUAAAUGCUCUGAAAGAACGAGGUAUCGUUGAUGAUGUGAUGAACACCCUAAAAUUCGAAGGCCUUGAAAGGGAACCGAGACGAUCAAAAGAUAAAGGGAGGCCAGACACUGUCGAAGAAAUUCCCACAAGAGUUGGAGUGGAUCCCACCAAACGUUACCUAUAUCUUCAGAUUCUUGGUGGAAAAGCAUUUUUGGAACAUCUACAAGAUCCUGAACCAAUGCCAGGAAAAGUUACAUCUACGUUUACCUUAUAUGUUCACUUUAAAGGACAGAGAUUUCGAUCCAGGCCUGUUCCUUGUGCAUGUGAACCAGACAUAAAUGAAGGCUUUUUAUUAGAACUGCAGAAAGAUGGAGGCAAAAUGGCUGACUCAGCAACUCUGUUAUCACUAUCAGAUCACAUUCAUCUAGUCCUUAUUAAAACAGAUCCUUCAGGGGACACAACACUUAUUGGUUCACAUUUUCUCACAUGGAGAGACAUUCUGUCUUCGGCAAAUGGACGGCUAGCAUGUUCUGUUGAAAUUAACGGUGUUGGAGCUGAGGCUAAAGUACCUAUGGGAAUAUUAGACACAAAAUUUGAAAUAAUUCCAAGACUGAGUCAGAUCUUAACCAAAGAUGUCAUAACAGCACAAGUUAACUUGGAACACUCCAGAAUUGCCGAGAGAGAAAGACUUUUCUUAGUUUAUGCAAAACAGUGGUGGAGGGAAUUUCUGCAGAUUCGUGCAUCGCACAGUAACAGACUUGUUAAAAUUUUUGCUCAAGAUGAGUGUGGUACAAAUCGUCCAGUGUGUUCGUUUGUGUGUCCUCUUCGUGCAGGGAGACUGCUCGACAGUCCUCGACAGGCUGCAAGGUUUGUUAGUCUGUUGGGGUAUGAGCAUGCGCCAUCAGUAGGUGGUGGAAAGGCAGAGAUGUGGAGCAGUUUACAUGCAUUUCUGUGCAAAGGCAAAGGGGACUGUGAGGACCACGCAGUUCUGUUGUGUAGUCUCCUGCUGGGUUUUGGCCUCAAUGCGUAUGUCUGUGUCGGCACCAAGGCUAAAGGUGCAGCCCACACUUGGGUUAUGACAAUCAGCCCCGAGGGAGAAGUCGCCUUUUGGGAGAGUUUGACCGCUCACAGGUACGCGCAUCGUCCUAUUAACCCAGAUGAUCCUCCCGCCCUGAAGCAAUCACGCGCUGAUCACCCGUACAGGACAGUGGGAUGUGUGUUCAACCACCGCUCCUUCUACGCCAACAGCCAGCCCACAGAUUCGGUUGAGGUCUGUCAGUUUGAGCUUCAGAAUGAAACGCGAUGGAAGAGCAUGAGUGAAGAAGCAAUAAGAUCUGUGUGUGGGCCUAAACUGCUGCCUAGUGGUCCAGUCUUUCCUCCUCUGUACCCUCCCAGUGUGGACUCGGCCCUAGUUAGUAAUGACAUGGAGCACGAGCUGAGGAGCCUGGUGACGGAUCACAGAAGGGAUCUUGGCUUGAACACAACGUGGGAUGACGAGCUAAGUUACAUUCUAACUCCAGCGCUAGCUGCGUAUGAAUUGGAACACAGCACAGGAGUUUCCGCCGGAAAUGAAGAGUUUCAACAAGCCAUCAGAAGAGCAAUCCCGGACGGGCAUACCUUCAAAGGGUUUCCUAUCCAGUUCGUACACCGCAAUGCAAGACGGGCUUUUGCCACGUGUCUAAGGUCUCCGGUGUGCGAAGAGAUCAUUUGCUGCCGAGGAGAUCACGUGAGGCUGGCAGUUCGGGUCCGAGUAUUUACCUACCCUGAGAGCGCGUGCGCAGUAUGGAUCAUGUUUGCUGUCAGAUAUCGGUCAAUCUUGUGACCAUAAUUCUCUAUUCCUGUGAUAUAUUACUUUAGUAUCACCCAACUAGUGCACCAAUGCAAAUCCUGCAUUUUAAUUGGUUACGCUACUA